UAAAAUUCUUGCCAAAUGGAAAAAGAAAAGUACCCCACUGACAAUAUUGAUGCCAUCAAGCUGACUAAUGAGACGAGGUUUGAUAAAGACUUAGUCACAAUUCCUGAUGCCAAUUAUGAUGACAUCGAUUACGUAUUCAUACCAGAAGGACUUGUCAAAACAAGAGUGGAGAAGCUAGCAGAGAAAAUAUUCCUUGAUUACUGUGGAAAGAGAGACUCUCCUCUUAGAGUUUUUGUGAUUAUGAAUGGAGCUUUCCAGUUCUACACAGACCUGCUGUACUAUAUCAAGAAGUUCCAACAGUAUAACCCUCAUAAGUUCUCAUUCGAAACCGAUUUUGUAAAGAUUAAGGGUUACGUCAACACUGAAACCCGUCUUGGAGAGAUAGAUCCUUCCUGUAUCACCGAGGAGAUGGUCAAAGAUCAGGAUAUCUUAAUCGUAGAGGACAUCUUUGACUCUGGGACUCUUAUGAGUAAACUCCUAAAGCUUAUCAACUCCCAUAACCCUAGCAGCGUAGAAGCUGCUGUACUUAUGCAUAAAGAGAACCCUAAAAAUUUGAAACAUAACUUUGUGGCCAAGUACACAGGUUUCUGUAUUCCUGCUGAUAAGUUCAUUAUUGGAUAUGGCAUGGACUACAACGAGUAUUUCAGGGAUCUCCCACAUGUCUGCAUUAUUACUAAGAAGGCAAUAGAAAGAUAUGAAAUUGUAGAAUAGGGCUAGCAAGCAUUAUGUAA